UAUACAUUAUGCGUCUGUACGCAUAAAUAUUAUAUUACUGUUAAAAAUAAUGAUAGUAUGAAAACCAAUAAAUAUUUUGGUGUUCAAUCUGUAAUGCUUAGUUAACUAAACAAAAUAAUCACCAACUAUGUUUUAUUUAUAGUUAAUAUCUGUAGUUUAUCUUUACCAAUGAACUUUGUGAAGUACUUAAAACAGAUUUUUAUAUCAAAGAAGCCAGCUGGUUAUAUAAGUAGAAUAUUAGGUAUUGGUUCAAAAUAUCUUAGCAGAAUAAACAUAAUACUUAUAAAACAAGCUCAGCAUUUAUCCAUCAUCCCACUGCCAGUGAAUUGGAAAAAAAUUCAUUCUUCAACUAUGGAUAAUAUAACAGAACUUGUAGAUCUUGUAAAAGAACAAGACUUUUGCAAAAUGUCUACAGAAUCAACUGUAAAUAUAAACAUGGAAUUUUCUGAAUUAGAAAGCAGUUAUUCCAUGGAAGAGAUAGAUAAUAUCUCUUUGAAAAAGGUACCAGACAAAGAAGAUCACUACCAGCACAGUUUUAGCAUAAACAAAAGUAGUUACAAAUACAUUGUUGACCCAAAUGAAACAAUUUUACAAAAGUUACGCAGUGAAACAAAAACUAUUAUUCAAGUAUCAAAAAAAAAAAAAAGUGUUGUUAUAAUAGGAUCAAUCCCAAAACAAAUUUUGCAUGCUAAACACAAAAUAGACAAAUUAAUUGAAAAUUCUAAAUUACAAUUCACACAUUUUAUUUCUAUACCGACUAAUAGUGAUGAAAUAAAAAAUAAUUUUAUUACUUUUAAACGAGAUGUAAAGCAAAACUAUAGUACAGAAUAUACUGGAUUUUAUGAAAGAAUGUUUCAAAAGCCUGAAAAAUUACAUCUUACCAUCUCAAUGCUUCACUUGUUAGAUGAAAAAGAUGAAGUGAAGGCUAUUGCUGCACUCAACACUUGUAAGGAAAAUAUAAUUGACCCAAUUAUAAAACAAAAUGGACCAAUAAAUUUAGAAUUAAAAGGUUUAAGAUGUAUGGAAAAAGAUCCAUCCAAAGCUAGAAUUUUAUAUAUUAAUGUUCAUGAAGAAUCAGGAUUAUUUCAAAAAAUGUCCAAUUCAAUUAAUGAUUAUUUUAUUGAGCAAGGUAUAUCUAGAAGAGUACACGAUGAUGUGACUUUGCAUAUGACUGUAAUAAAUAUAUUAUACCUUCAAAGAAAAACAAUUAAAAAAACCAAGAACAAUUUUGAUGCAACAGAUUUUUUAAAAAAAUAUAAAAAUAUAUCUUUCGGCAAAAUAAAUUUAUCUACACUGCACAUUUCAAUGUUGACUGCUAAAUCUGCUGAUGGUUAUUUCAAAGCUAUGACUAAAAUUUAUAUAUAAAUUUUGGAAGGCUAUUUCGAUUUAAUUAUUUACAGAUAUUCCGUUAAAAUACAAAUUGUUAUGUUUAAAUAGAAGCACUAAGUUAAGAAAAUAGUAGACAGGAUAUACUUAAAAAUCAUAGAGAUGAAUACGAAAUAAUUAGUGUAAAUAAAACUACAAAUAAACUCAACAAUAACAGUCAAUUCAAACAGACAUUUUCAAAUUUUCAUUAUUAUCAAAAAUAAAUGUCUAAAAUAACAAUGAUUUUUAGAAAAAUAUGACAAAUGUAUAUAAAUUUUUAUCUAAAUUUCCAUUAUUACAAAUCAAAUACGUGCUUACGAAAUAAUCGAAUAUACUAAAGCUUACCAACUCCCGAUCCUAAAAUUUGAUUUGGUUCUUGGUAUUGGCAUUACUUGCUUAUGAAAUUCAAAAUCAGUUCAAGAGAGCGUUGCUGUUGAAAAAGUUUUUCUUAGGGUUCUAGAAAUCAUUAUAUUAUUUUAAAUGGGACAAUAUUCCUUAUAUUAUUUUACAAAUUAAAAAAAAUUUAUUUAUUUAGCAAACUAAUUGUAGCAUUAUUGGAUACUUUAUCGAGUUAUAUUUGAAACGAAAUAAACAAUAAGAUCUUAUAUUUUGAUAAAAAAAAUAUCCUGAUGCAUUCGGUUAGUUUAGUAUUUAUGAUUGUUUAAUUAAUUAAGCACGCUACAUUACGGUGUAAUGGCGCUCUAUAACUAUUUUAGCUGUUCAUCUG